AUGUCAGCUAACUUACAAACAAGACUAGAGAACUCACUCAACGAUAUAUUAAAGGCCUCAGGGUACAUCUUCGAAAUAAUCAACCAUAACAAAAAGCAAAGCAAUUUGAUAACUGGCCCCAACAAUGAACUAAUCCAACAAUCGAUCAUACAACAACUAAGCGACCACAUUCAAGGGUUUAAUGAUAUCUUAGACCAAACAGUUUCCAAAUUUAAUGAUGCAAAGUGGUGUGUCGCCGUUAUGAUUGAGAACAAACAAAAGCUCGAAGAGGAAACGGAAAGGCAAAAACGGGAGGCAGAAGCUAGGCGGUUGAAAGAAGAAAUGGAAGCGAAAAAGAAGGCCGAAGAAGAAGCAGCAGCAAAAGCAGCAGCAGAGGCACGAGCUAAAGAAGAAGAAGCAAGAGCAGCUGCGCGUGCCAAAGAAGAGGAAGCAAGAGCAGCUGCAAUGGCAAAAAUGGAAGAAGUAGCAGCAAAAGCAAAAGCGGCAAUGGAACAAGAAAAGAAAGAGAAGGAAGCAUUGAGAAAGAAGCAAGAAGAAGAAGAAGAAGCACAGAGGAAAAAGCUAGAACAACAAAAAAGAGAGAACCAGGCCCCAAAGUUUGACAAUUUUGAUGAAUUCAUUGGAUUCGACAUAAACGAUAUGCCCAAUGGUGACGAGACCAUCGAUGAAGAUAUGUUGUCAAAUAUCAACUACGAGGAUCUCGGCUUGGAUGACCCCAUGCAGGGAUCUUCUAGCACCUUGCAAGCACAAUCCAUGAGCGACACCCCAAUCGGAAAGACAAGCGAUAAGGUCGCCAAUAUGGACUUAGACAUGAACAAUUUAUUGGAGAACGAUGAACUGAUAUUGGACGGCUUGAAUAUGACCUUGCUUGAUGGAGGCUUGGAUGGGGACAAUAGCAACAACGACAAUCAAGUCAAUGAAGAGUUUGAUGUAGAUAGCUUCUUGAACCAAUUUGGUAAUUGA